AUGGCUAAAGCACAUCUAUGCCUUUGUUUCAUCAUCUUGUUACACUUUUUCUCGGAGGGAAGUUUCGUGAGAGCCAAGGCACAGAGCCUUGGAGAUUGGUGCGUGGCGAAACCAGCUACGAAGAACGAAAAACUUUUACAAAUCAUAAAUUACGCAUGUUCUAAAGUCGAUUGUAAGAUUAUAUCAGAAGGAGGUGCAUGUUAUUCUCCUAAUGAUCUCUUUAACCUUGCUUCUGUGGCCAUGAAUCUUUAUUAUCAAGCUCAAGGAAGACACUUUUCGAAUUGCGAUUUCGAAGGCUCUGGUAUCAUUACCAUAACUGAUCCCAGUGAGUUUUCAUCUAAUACUUUGUCUCUCUAA